ACACUUUUCAACACUGCUCUAAUUGGCACUAGAACUAUUUACACGGUCCAAAAGAAAAUUAGCCAUGCCAACAAAUGCCCAUAAAUACAGUAUACUGCUGCCCACCUACAAUGAGAAGGACAAUUUACCCAUUAUAAUAUGGCUAAUUGUGAAAUACAUGAAGGCUAGCGGCUUGGAGUACGAGGUGAUUGUUAUUGAUGACGGCAGUCCGGAUGGAACGUUGGACGUAGCUAAGGAUCUGCAAAAGAUUUACGGCGAGGACAGGAUUGUUCUAAGGCCUCGGGGCUCCAAACUGGGACUGGGCACGGCAUACAUACAUGGCAUCAAACAUGCUACUGGGGACUUCAUAAUUAUCAUUGAUGCGGAUCUGAGUCACCAUCCCAAAUUUAUACCGGAAUUCAUCAAGCUGCAGGAAGAGGGAGACUACGAUAUUGUAUCUGGCACUCGGUACGCCGGGAAUGGAGGCGUUUUUGGUUGGGACUUCAAGCGCAAGCUUAUCUCGCGCGGUGCCAAUUUUCUAUCCCAGGUGCUUCUGCGUCCUGAUGCUAGUGAUCUGACCGGCUCCUUCCGACUCUACAAGAAGGACGUUCUGGAGAAAUGUAUCGCCAGUUGCGUGUCCAAGGGCUAUGUCUUUCAAAUGGAGAUGUUGGUGCGGGCCAGACAGCACGGUUACACCAUCGCCGAGGUGCCCAUCACCUUCGUGGAUCGCAUUUACGGCACCUCAAAGCUCGGCGGCACCGAGAUCAUCCAGUUUGCCAAGAACCUGCUGUAUCUGUUCGCAACCACAUAAAGAACACCCAUCAUC